CGCCGCCGCGCGUCAUGCCGUCACCACUUACCGCGCGGCCAACGCUUCUGCCUCGUCGGCAAUAACCCGCCGCCGAGCAAAGCAAGUAAAGCAACCGAGCCGAGCCGAUGGCGGCGGCGCUGUCCGCGCUCCCGCGCGCCGCUUCCCGCCUCGCGCCGUGUGGCCGCCGGCCUAAUCUCCGCGCCCUCUGCGCCGCAGCUGCGGCCGGCGAGGCCUCGAAGUCGAAGAGGAGGCUGGUACUGUACACCAAGCCGGGUUGCUGCCUCUGUGACGGGCUCAAGGAGAAGCUCCACGCCGCCUCCCUGCUCGCUGGCACGCCAUACUCCCUCGCGUCCCUCGAGCUCCAGGAGAGGGACAUCACGACGAAUCCGGAGUGGGAGCGGCUGUACCAGUACGAGAUCCCAGUGCUGGCCAAGGUGCUCCCCGACGGGACCGAGGAAAUACUUCCCAGAUUAUCGCCCCGUCUGAGUGUGGAGCUCAUACAGAAGAAAAUUUGUUCUGUGUUUGAUCAGUAAGGACUAAGGAGGCAUUUUUUGGUGAAAAGAAUAUGAGUUUAUUUUAUGAAUCGAUAACUCCAGCUGUAAGAUUAUCAAUUGAUACCAUAAUGUGUGUCGUAAACUUCGUUGAUUGAGAUACAUGCUUUUCAUUUUUCCUGAA